CCAUAAGGCCAUACUUUGUCCACCACUCCUCCCAUGUCAUGUCAUGAUGACUGCACCAACCUCUUCCUUGUCAUAUCUGACCCUCCUCUCCUCUUGGCUCUUACCUUACCUACCCCCAUUUCGCGGUCCUUCCACUAACGCCGUUAAUCCUCCCAUCCAUAUCCAUCCCACUGCUUCUCAGUUCUCACCCUCUCUCUUUCCCUCCCAAAAAAAAGUCCACCGGUAGCCACCGCUACCACGAGCCUCCGUCUCACCUAACGAUCUCCACUCACGCCACCAGAUCCCUCCACUUUUCUCUAAUAUAACAACCCCUCCUCCAAAUCCCCCAAUCGAACACCAAACCUUCCACCAACCUCCCUUCCCCGCAAGUCAAUCGAUCCUCUCCUAAUUUCUAAUUCUCCCCAAUCAAUCAAUCAAUUUCCUUCCGCCAUGGAUCUCCUCCUCCUGGAGAAGACUCUGUUGGCCCUCUUCUCCGCCGUCGUGGUCGCCAUUGUAAUCUCCAAGCUCCGCGGCAAGCGAUUCAAGCUCCCUCCCGGCCCCUUUCCAGUCCCCAUCCUCGGCAACUGGCUCCAGGUCGGCGAUGACCUCAACCACCGCAACCUCACCGACUACGCCAAGAAAUUCGGCGACAUCUUCCUCCUCCGCAUGGGCCAGCGAAACGUCGUCGUCGUCUCCUCCCCGGACCUCGCAAAGGAGGUCCUCCACACCCAGGGCGUCGAGUUCGGGUCCCGCACCCGCAACGUCGUCUUCGACAUCUUCACCGGGAAGGGACAGGACAUGGUGUUCACCGUCUACGGCGAGCACUGGCGGAAGAUGCGGCGCAUCAUGACCGUCCCCUUCUUCACCAACAAGGUGGUCCAGCACAACCGCCAGGGGUGGGAGAACGAGGCGGCCGCGGUGGUGGAGGACGUGAAGAAGAAUCCGGAAGCCGCGACCGCCGGGAUCGUGCUCCGCCGCCGCCUGCAGCUGAUGAUGUACAACAACAUGUUCCGGAUCAUGUUCGACCGGCGGUUCGAGUCGGAGCAGGAUCCCCUGUUCAAUAAGCUCAAGGCGCUGAACGGGGAGCGGAGUCGGUUGGCGCAGAGCUUUGACUACAACUACGGCGAUUUCAUCCCCAUCCUGAGGCCUUUCCUGAGGGGUUACUUGAAGGUCUGCGAGCAAGUGAAGGAGAAGAGGCUGAAGCUGUUCAAGGAUUACUUCAUCGAAGAGAGGAAGACAUUGAUGGGCACGAAGCAGACGACCAACGACGGGCUGAAGUGCGCGAUGGAUCAUAUUUUGGAGGCACAGCAGAAGGGAGAGAUCAACGAAGACAAUGUCCUCUACAUCGUCGAGAAUAUCAACGUCGCCGCCAUUGAAACCACAUUGUGGUCGAUCGAGUGGGGAAUCGCGGAGCUGGUCAACCACCCACACAUCCAACAGAAACUAAGGGAAGAACUGGACACUGUUUUGGGAGCAGGCCAACAGAUCACGGAGCCGGACAUCCAGAAGCUGCCUUACCUCCAGGCCGUGGUCAAAGAGACCCUCCGUCUCAGAAUGGCCAUCCCACUCCUCGUCCCCCACAUGAACCUCCACGACGCCAAGCUCGGCGGGUUCGACAUCCCCGCAGAGAGCAAGAUCCUGGUCAACGCGUGGUGGUUGGCCAACAACCCGGCCCAGUGGAAGAACCCCGAGGAGUUCAGGCCCGAGAGGUUCCUGGAAGAGGAGGCGAAAGUCGAGGCCAACGGGAACGACUUCAGGUACCUUCCUUUCGGCGUCGGGAGGAGGAGCUGCCCUGGAAUCAUCCUCGCCCUCCCCAUUUUGGGGAUUACCAUUGGACGCCUGGUGCAGAACUUUGAGCUGUUGCCUCCGCCUGGACAGUCCAAGCUCGACACCUCCGAGAAGGCCGGGCAGUUUAGCUUGCACAUCGCCAAGCACUCCACCAUUGUGGCUAAGCCCAGGUCGUUUUAAAGAAAGUUGUACAUCAUUUUCCUUCUUCUUCUUCUUCUUCUUCUUCUUCUUCUUCUUCUUCUUCUUCUUUCCUUUUCUUCUUUUGUCUGUAAUGGUACGUACUCUUGUAGUGUAGUUUGUGAUGGAUGAGCUGGGAGGAAAGGGAGACAGGACAAUUUCUUUCACUUUUAACGUGAUUCUGGAUUUGGGUUUUACUAUAAAAGUUUAAUCAUGUAUCAAGUGUUGUACCGUGUAAUAAUUCUGUUGAUGAGGUGUCGCACUUUAAUCAAUAUUAGAUAAUUGGCCCGUCCGCGGCGGGCAACGAUGAAACUGACAAAUUUGAUAUUUUGAUUGCAAUUAGAUUUAAAU